GUGUUCAGGGAGGGAGGACUGCCCACAGUCAAGGCUGCUCCCUGUGCUGGGACCUCCAGAAGUUUCUGGCUUUGGGUAACUGGACAACUAACUCAGUGGUGCUGGGCCCUGGGCACGUGACUGAUCUAGUACUGCUGUCAUGGGAAAGGGAGUGUCCAUUAGGCAACUGGGCUCACCCUGGGUCUUUUGGAGUCCACCCUUUAGCUGCACAAAUUCACACCAAGUUGCUGACGCUGGAAGUGGCUUAACAGUUAUUCCUUCCACAGAACCUUAGUAUGUCAAGAAGUAUCCAGGAGGAAGGUCAGCUGAAAUUCAGCCAAUAGGCUUAUCCCAGACAGGUCAAAGGUGUGAGGUUGGGGGUACUCCUCUCUCUUUUCCCACCCCCACUUUCUUCACACUUGCCUGUGGCUAAGGCCCUGUCUUGGGUCACAUCCUGAGUCUGGGCACCAGGAGUCCCCUGUUUGGGGAGUGGAGGGGAAGUAACUAAAUAGGAGGGAGGACCCUCACUGAACUGCCAGCUUGCAGGCUGGCCAGAGUAGGUGAGGACUGUGCCUUGUCAAGAACACUGAGGUAUGUGGAGGGAUUACCUACAGUGACCAGCAUGUCCUAGUGUCGUGUGGAUUUUGCCACUGGAUGAAGGGGAAAGACAGUUAUGGAGGGAGGCAGUUCCAGCAGGCAGUUUUCUUGUUAGAAAUGAGGCCCCUGUCUGGCAGGGUGCCCAAAGGAUGCAACUUAGGAGGGGACAGGGGAGAGCCACCAUCCCCCAGAGGGCACCUUCUCACUCCCCCAUACACCAAAGGCCUCGAACACAGCAGGGGAGGACACAGGCAACAUGGCCCCUCCUAGCUUCUCCUCAGGACUCCUGCUGCACAGAUGCGAGGUCGCUGGACUGUCCUCCCUGAUCCUUAGGUUUUCGGGGCCUGGGGACUCUAACCGGUUCCUGGGCAGCACAAAUGCCAGCUGUGUUGGGGUUGAAGAGGAGGAGGCGCCAGACAUCGACAUUUACCACUGCCCGAACUGCGAGAAAACCCACGGCAAGUCCACCCUCAAGAAGAAGCGGACUUGGCACAAACAUGGUCCAGGGCAGACGCCAGAUGUGAAGCCUGUGCAGAAUGGCAGCCAGGUCUUCAUCAAGGAGCUGCGGAGUCGGACCUUCCCCAGUGCUGAAGAUGUGGUGUCCCGUGUGGCAGGCAGCCAGCUCACACUGGGCUACAUGGAGGAGCAUGGCUUUACCGAGCCCAUCCUUGUCCCCAAGAAAGAUGGGCUGGGCCUGGCUGUUCCGGCCCCCACGUUCUACGUCAGUGAUGUAGAGAACUAUGUGGGGCCAGAGCGGAGCGUGGACGUGACCGAUGUCACCAAGCAGAAGGACUGCAAGAUGAAGCUGAAGGAGUUUGUGGACUAUUACUAUAGCACCAACCGCAAGCGGGUCCUCAACGUCACCAACCUUGAGUUCUCCGACACCAGAAUGUCCAGCUUCGUGGAGCCACCUGACAUUGUGAAGAAGCUGUCCUGGGUAGAAAAUUACUGGCCUGAUGACGCAUUGCUGGCCAAGCCUAAAGUGACCAAGUACUGCCUGAUCUGUGUGAAGGACAGCUAUACCGACUUCCAUAUCGACUCUGGGGGCGCCUCUGCCUGGUACCAUGUGCUUAAGGGGGAGAAGAUCUUCUAUCUCAUCCGGCCAGCCUCCGCCAACAUCUCCCUAUAUGAGCGGUGGCGGUCAGCCUCGAACCACAGCGAGAUGUUCUUUGCCGACCAGGUGGACAAGUGUUACAAGUGCACCGUCAAGCAGGGCCAGACCCUCUUCAUCCCCUCAGGCUGGAUUUAUGCCACGCUCAGCCCCGUGGACUGCCUGGCCUUCGCGGGACAUUUCCUCCACAGCCUGAGUGUGGAGAUGCAGAUGAGGGCAUAUGAAGUGGAAAGAAGGUUGAAACUGGGCAGCUUGACUCAGUUUCCCAACUUUGAAACUGCCUGCUGGUACAUGGGGAAGCACCUGCUGGAGGCAUUCAAAGGUUCUCACAAAUCUGGGAGACAGUUACCCUGUCAUUUAGUCCAAGGAGCUAAAAUUCUUAAUGGUGCUUUCAGGUCAUGGACGAAGAAGCAGGCUUUGGCGGAGCAUGAGGACGAACUCCCUGAGCACUUCAGACCCUCGCAGCUCAUCAAGGACCUGGCCAGAGAGAUCAGGCUCAGUGAGAGCGCCUCCAAAGUCAUCCGAGCAGAAGUGAACGCCGUCGCCUCCGCCGAUGAGAUCUGUGAUGGGGACCGGGAGAAGGAAGAACCUCCGUCUCCCAUUGAGGCCACCCCCCCUCGAUCCCUCCUGGAGAAAGUGUCUAAAAAAAAGACUCCCAAGACUGUGAAGAUGCCUAAGCCAUCCAAAAUCCCCAAGUCCCCAAAGUCCCCUAAGCCCUCGAAGGCCCCCAAAGCUCUGAAGCUCAAGGAUGGAGGCAAGAAGAAAGGGAGGAAGUGCCGGGAGUCAGCCUCGCCCACCAUCCCCAACUUGGACCUGCUGGAGGCCCACACCAAGGAGGCGCUGACCAAGAUGGAGCCACCCAAGAAGAGCAAGGCCCCAAAGAGUGCCCUGAGUGUUCCCAACAAGGACACGGUCCACACACAGAAUGAUGUAGAGAGGCUGGAAAUCCGUGAGCAAACUAAGAGCAAGUCAGAGGCCAAGUGGAAGUACAAGAACAGCAAACCUGACUCCUUACUGAAGAUGGAGGAGGAACAGAAGUUGGAGAAGUCACCCCUGGCCGGAAACAAGGACAAGUUCUCCUUUUCUUUCUCCAACAAGAAACUCCUGGGCUCCAAGGCUCUCAGGCCGCCCACGAGCCCUGGUGUGUUCGGGGCCUUGCAGAACUUCAAGGAGGACAAGGCCAAGCCCGUGCGGGAUGAGUAUGAGUAUGUGUCUGAUGACGGGGAACUCAAGAUCGACGAGUUUCCCAUCAGGAGGAAGAAGAAUGCCCCGAAAAGGGACUUGUCCUUCUUAUUGGACAAGAAGGAGGUGCUUCCCACGCCUGUCACAAAGCCAAAGCUGGACUCAGCGGUGUACAAGCAGAGCGAUGACUCCUCAGAUGAGGGCUCGCUGCACAUCGACACGGACACCAAGCCCAGCCGCAACGCCAAAGUCAAGAAGGAGAGCGGGAGCUCUGCAGCCGGCAUCCUGGACCUGCUGCAGGCCAGUGAGGAGGUCGGGGCGCUCGAGUACACCCCCAACAGCCAGCCCCCUGCCUCCCCCAGCACACAGGAGGCCAUUCAGGGAAUGCUGUCCAUGGCCAACCUCCAGGCCUCUGACUCCUGCCUGCAGACCACGUGGGGUGCUGGCCAGCCCAAGGGCGCUUCGCUGUCGGCCCAUGGUGCCCGGAAGAACGGGGGCGGAGGCAAGAGCACGGGCAAGCGGCUGUUGAAGAGGGCCGCCAAGAACAGUGUGGACCUGGAUGACUAUGAGGAGGAGCAGGACCACUUGGACGCCUGCUUCAAGGACUCCGACUAUGUUUACCCCUCACUGGAGUCUGACGAAGACAACCCUGUCUUCAAGUCUCGGUCAAAGAAGAGGAAAGGCUCGGACGAUGCUCCCUACAGCCCCACAGCAAGGGUCGGCCCAUCAGUGCCGAGGCAGGACAGGCCUGUGCGUGAGGGGACCAGAGUGGCCUCCAUCGAGACCGGGCUGGCAGCCGCUGCGGCUAAGUUGUCCCAGCAGGAGGAACAAAAAAGCCGGAAGAAGAAGAGCACCAAAAGGAAGCUGCCUUCUAACACUGCCUCUGCCCCCACCUCCACCUCCACCUCCGCCUCCGCCUCCGCCUCCGCCUCCGCCUCCACAGGCAGCACCUCUGCCUCCACCACGCCAGCCUCCACCACGCCGGCCUCUACCACCCCGGCCUCCACCACCCCGGCCUCUACCAGCACAGCCAGUAGCCAGGCUUCACAGGAGGGCAGCUCGCCUGAGCCCCCACCUGAGUCACACAGCAGUAGCCUGGCCGACCAUGAGUACACAGCAGCUGGCGCCUUUGCAGGGACCCAGGCUGGCCGCACCUCCCAGCCCAUGGCCCCCGGAGUCUUUCUCACACAGAGACGGCCUUCUGCGUCAUCCCCCAACAACAACACUGCUGCCAAAGGAAAACGGACAAAAAAGGGCAUGGCCACCGCGAAGCAGAGGCUUGGAAAAAUUUUGAAAAUUCACCGGAAUGGAAAACUGCUCCUUUAAAGUCUGGAAAGCCAGGAUCCUUCUGCUCUGCUCAGGACCCCCCGGAGCCCCGCUAAAACAUCAGCGCCCCACCCCAAGGAGGGUGGCCAGCUGCCUCACCCAGGGAGGGCCUCACCUCCUCCCAGCCACCACUCCCCCCAAAAGAGCGUCUGUCCCUUGAGCAGGCGGAGUGAGCUGAGAGUGGCCGUCCCUCGUUUUGAAUAUGGACGUCCUUUCUCAAAUUGCUUAGAGUGACCAGUUUCUGAAAAGCGGCCCUACCAGUUUGAGGACCAUUCCAGUUUCAGGACAGCCUCCAGGCACCACAGAGCGUGGGUUUGAUUGCAGGGUCUUUGCAGCUCUGCUGGGAUCAUGAGUCCUUCAAGGAAGGUGGAGUGAGCCAAUGCUCGCCAGCCCCCAGAGUCUGAGCUGGCCACAGGCUGGUAGCCUCCAAAGGCUUAAAACAAGGCAAAGAACACAGAAUGAGGAGGAGCACGUGGGAUAUUUAUGUGCCCCCUUCCCAUCUCUUCCCGAGUGAUUCUCAGACAGUUCCGCAGAGCACUCAGCGGUCAAGGAGAGGUCUGCCCCGAGCUCCCCAUCUGGCAGGUGGCAGGCUGGGCAGUGGGUGUUAACUCUCUGAAUGCCCAGAGACACCUCUCUGGGAGGCUAGGAUCAGCAGCUGGGUCGGGGAGUCAGUGGGUUGGAGGAGCCAUCGGGGAGUUCCCCAGGGAAGGGUGAGGGCUCAGCCACACCUUGGGGUCCAGGGGACCCAGGCCAAGCCACAUGGAAGGGCCCUGUCCAGCUCUGCUGGCCACACUCUGGAGAAGCACUUCUCAGCCAAGGCCCCCUGCCCUGAGAUCGCAGAGCGGGUGGUGGCCAGGUGGCUUGAGCACGCACGGACAGGCACUUGUCUGCUCACGGUGUGGGCCCGUGGCGCAUGAGCGUGGGCUACCCCUGGAUGGUGUGUGUCUGCCCACUGACACCAAGGGGCUGGGUUUGUUUCUCAGGCAAUCCUGUAUUUUAAUUUUAGAUGUAUUUCCUGAGGCAUAUUUUUCAUAGAAUGUAGCGUGUAAAUAGCUUUUUAAAUGACUUCUUUUUUAUAAGAGUAAAAGUAUCUAGGAAUUUCUUUCUAUAGGGUCCUUCAUUAACCUUUCUACGAGUUUUUUGCCGACUCUGACGGACAGUUGGGUUACAUUUUCCUUUGUCCUUCUUUCCUGUUGUUAUUAUUCUUACUCUUAUUUUUCUUUUAGGAACUAAGGUAUUGCCUGAAAAACAAGUGGCUGAAAAACAAGAGAGCCUUAUACUCUGUCUCUACAGAAGCCAACAGCACACAGGACAUCUGUUUUCAGACACGUUUCGAAGACGAGUCUUCAACUCUCAUACCAGCUCUUUGUUUCCUUCUUGUAUGACGACGGGCGGGGAUUCAGUUAUUUUACUAGCACCUUGUGAAGUGUUUCUGUGUUUUGUGAUGCUGUAAUUUAUUAAUGUUUGUAGCUUUUUAUAUUUGUACAUUUCUUACGAGCUUUGUUUAUACGCCCAUCCCCUGCGUGUUUUGUUCAUGAGGAGAGGCAGCUUGGUUGGAGGCCUUAUAAGCUCCCACGUACUGUGAGCAGGGACACCACCGUCCCCAGGGCCCGUGGCCGGGCGGGGGAGUCUCACGGCCCCAGGCUACUCAGACUGGUGUUUUUAAAGUUUCCUUUCCCCUGUCCUGUGACCAUUUAUAUAAUCUAACCCGGGCAUCAAGCUGUUCUCUCUCUCUCUUUCUCUCUCUCUCUCUCCCUCUCUCUUUUUAAUUUUAUUAUUAUUUUGGCAACAUGUACAUUUCUAACAAAGUUUAUCGUGGCUAUUAAAGUGUUUUAUU